AUGACGCAGUCCUUUCUUCCGACUCAGAAGAGUGAGACUGAGUCAUUUAUUCGAUUCAAUCGAUCAAUUCUCCGACAUAGUGGAUUACGUGUAAUUCUUAUGUGUGGACGCGCAGUGCCGGGUCUUGUUCUGCCCAAAGAGCGUGAAGAGACUCGCCUUAAGCUAGAAGCUGAAUGGCGCAAAAGUCACAGAAUAUCCGAGGUGCUUCGUUUCACAUCAGCUAUCACCAGGACUACUAAUAUCCACCCCUACGCUGGUGAUAACGGAAGUGUCCUGACAAAGGUUAUCCGGGAUUGCAUGAAUGAAUGGAAAGGAAUCCAGGAACCUUUGACGCUCAAAACUCUUCACCCAAUGACUCGCCUAUGGCUCACGCUCAGAGGAUUUGCGACAGACGAAUAA